AAAGCUUGCAAGCACCUUUUCGUCAUUUCACUCUUACACCUCCAACCUUCUUCUUCCCAAAACUUUUAUUAUUUAUAAUCAUCCCCUUUUCUUCCUCUUCCCUUCCAUUGCUUUCGACUUCCGUCCUUUUCGGUAUUUCUCUGCACAAAGCCUUCUCUUAUUCUCUCUCGCAAAAACCCUCUUGCGUCACCUAAUGGAAGACUCUUCUUCCCUUGUUUCAAACUGGAUAAUCUUCUUCUGAAUCAUUUUCACCCAGAAAAGAAAGAUUGCAAGCAAUUUCAAGAAAAGAUACACUUUGAAUUUCUCUUGUUCAAUUUUCUUGACUAGGACAAGAGAAAUGAAUGACACAGACAGAAAGGAGAAUAAUAUUAGUUUUAUGUGAAUACAAUUUGUACAACCAAAGUUUUAGAGAUUUCUUUGUUCUUCCUUGUCUUUUUCUGGGCUUGUUUUUCUUCUUUUUGUUCUUUUUCUUGUAAAUGGGACGUAAGUAUCGUGCAAUCGUCUUUGACACGGAUCACGAGGAGGGUUCCCCGCGAUUGUGAAUCGUGGUGUAGAGAGAAAAUAAAUAAAAAAAGCUUUUGUUGGGGGGGUUAGGCGGAAGGAGGCGCAGGGAGGGACGGCGUUGUUUGGUCGGAUGGGGAUGGAGUGCAGGGCCCUGGCUCCGCCGGCGGCUGUGGCUGCAGCCAAGGGGGAGUGGUGGGCUAGGGAGGUGGGACAGAUCGCGGGAGGGUUUAGCCAUGAGAGCGAGCAUGACCUGGCUCUUAUGGUCAGUGAUUUUUUGGAGAGCGGUGAUAGCACAGGCCCUGAUUCUUGGUGCAGCAGCGAUAGCGACUCUGGCUUUUCUGAUCUUCCUCGCCUCGCGGAGAAAAUUCAGUUCUAUAAACACUCAAUGGCUGAGUAUGAGAGUGAUUUGCUCUCCAUUGUUCAUUCUCUGAUACUAUCUAUCAGUGAGAAAGACCUUCACUUUGUCAAGUCUGCUCCGUGUAAUGCCAGCUGCAUCAGAUUUUCUUUAGUAAAGCUUUUGAGGGUUUCUGGUUAUGAUGCUGCUGUUUGUGGCUCAAGAUGGCAGGGUACUGGCAAGGUUCCUGGAGGGGAUCAUGAAUAUAUUGAUGUCAUCAACUGCAAUGGCGUAGGAAGCAAUGAGCGGUUGAUAAUCGAUAUUGACUUCAGAAGCCAUUUCGAAAUAGCCAGACCAGUUGAUUCUUAUUAUAGAAUAUUGAAUUGUCUCCCCGUUAUUUAUGUUGGCACAUUGACUAGGUUGAAACAGUUCCUUCCAGUUAUGGUUGAAGCUGCUAGAUACUCUCUGAAGCAAAAUUCCAUGCCACUUCCUCCAUGGAGAUCGCUUGCAUAUAUGCAAGCUAAGUGGCACUCACCCUACCAGAGACAGAUUAAUCCUAUUGAACAGAAUGCCCUUGGCAUCUGCUCAUCAGACCAUAAACAGUGUAGUGGACAUUUAAAGAGGCUGCAGUCUGCUCUACAAUCCGAACUAGAAGUAGAGAGACUUUUGAAGCCUAAGAUCAGCGACAAUCGGAGGACGAAACUGGAAAGGUGGAGACAAGUUCGGUGAGAGCACUUUGAGUUGUAUAGAUUGUGGCCUGGAAGAUGCAAAUUCCUUUUGAGAGAGUUUUGACUAAUCUGCGACUUUACUUUAAGUGAUUUUUUUUCCUGGAUACGAAUAAGUCUGAACCAGAGCAAAUGGUGGGUUCGCAUUAUAUUGCUUCGGAUACCAAUAAUGGUGGAGAUAUCAACAAAUUUUUGUCAUCAACUCAGGAAACUAUACAUUACUCAUUCUUUUUUGGCGCUACACAGGCAACUGAUGCUAUUCGGUCAGUGGUGCUGCCGCAUUUUUUUUCAUAUCCUUGCUACCCCUCUGCAGUUGGAACCAGUGGAUACUUGAUUCACCGAGGUGCAUCACUAUAGGCGACAUAUUUUUUUUGUUGGUAUUAUCUCAAAUAUAUUCCUUAAUUGCCUCCUAUUUAUUUGGCAGAGGAAUUUUGUUUUUUGUUUUUGUUCUUUUUAAUCUUUGAACAUGUUUCAACUUGAAUUUUGGGAGCAGUCCUGAGUGACUGAAGGAAUGUUACAAUACAUAAUCCUGGUUCCACGAACUUGUUAGAUACUGUAUGAGUUGGCUUCAUGCUCUGGUUUGGUUUUGUCUUCUCAUAUUAUUGGAUUUUCUUGAAUUGAAUGUACUCA